GUAACUUCAGGUAAUCAGCACGUGUAACGUCACAACAUGACAACUACGGAUAAAUUAAAUGUGAGGUUAAGCGUUUAUUUUGAUUUUAAGGUUAUAAAAAAACCUCUCAUUCUCCAAUAAAAAUGUUUCUUUCCAAAGUGUUUACACCCCGAGUUUUAACAUCCUCGACGAACGUUGUGGGUAUUUUACCCGGUCGACAUGCCUCUUCAGCAUUUCCGGAGACACAAAAAGAACCAGCCAAGAUCGAAAAAACUAUAAACAAUGUUACUUUGCUAGGCAGAGUCGGAGCAGAUCCCCAAAGGAAAGGCACCGACGAACAUCCGAUUGCAGUGUUUUCACUUGCCACUCACUCAAACUACAGAUAUGAAUCGGGAGAGUUUUUACAAAGGACCGAAUGGCAUAGAGUGAUAUGUUUCAAACCUGGACUGAGAGAAGCAGUUUUGAACUAUAUGAGGAAAGGUCAAAGGGUUCAUGUUACCGGUCGGAUUACAUAUGGGGAAAUAAAAACUGAUGAUGGCGGCACGAAGACCACCACAGCAAUUGCUGCAGAUGAUGUUAUAUUUUUCCAUCAGCAUUAGUGAAUGUAGUGAGGUAAUUUGUUUUUAAAGAACCUAAGAUAAGUUUGAUAAUGUAAAGAUUAAUUUCUGUGAGACAUGUGUUAUUAUGAUUUCUCGAAGCUUAUUAUCUCGGUAAAUAGUAAGUUCAAUUAGUAAUAAGACUUGUAUAUAUAGAACCUUUUAAUUAUAUUUUUUUUUAAGAGCACAA